AUGCUGAUUUAUCUGCCGACAAACGUUCGAAAUAUCACAAUCAAAACAAAAGGCUUUGGUAAAGUAAAGGCCGGGAUUCGUGUAUUAGCUGCAAGGCGACAACGAAAUCGAAGAGAGCUUUCGGAGCCGGAUCUUCCAAUCAAAAUGACUGUUAAUCAGCAAAAAGAUCAACAACGAGAUAUCAUUAUGCAGACUGUUUGUUUAACUUCUUUGUCUCCAUUAAUCGACACUUUCGAGAUCGUUCACGGGCUUUUCACCGGUUUCACAACUUACUUUGACAAGGUGGAAAUCGUUGGGCAAUCCGAUCUCAAAAUGAUCAAUCUGCCGAUGGUUUCCUCGUAUGCGAUUCAUAUGACCGUUCAGCUGAACAAAACGAACACACAAGGAUGUUAUAAAGUAGCCGUUUUCCCGCCAAAUCAUCCCCAUGAGCCGACCUCUUUAGCGCCGGUGGAGAUCAGUUGUCGACAUCCAGUAAAUGAUAUCGUUGGUCAAGUGUUGAUCUCACAUCCAGAUGCGGUGGCUCGGGGGAAAACAAAACGAAACGCCGCCGUGCACGCCGUUUUGAGGCUGAGAAAGCAUUCAUCCAAACGGCGAGCUCGUGCCGCAAUCGAUGAAACGAUCGAGUCUGUGUGUUUCAAUGGUGGUCAGUGUACUUGCGGUGAAAGUACUUGUGCGGUUCGGUGCAAUUCCUGUCAACGAUCCACCCCGCAAAGCGUUCGGAAAGAGAUCUGUCGAGAUGGGGCUUUUGGUAUCUUCGGUAAACUCAUCGAAAAGCGUGAAUCCACUAUUUCUGUCGGUUCUUCAACUGCCAUUUACAAUAUCUAUAAGAUGCAUGUUUUGCAAACGUUGAUGAGAGAUGAGAUAAUCGAAAUGAGAAAUAAUCAAAUCGAGAUCUGGUUGAGGAAAUGCAAUCAACGAUGCAAUAAAGAUAUUUCGAUAAACAAAGAAGAAUCGUAUUUUGUGAUCGGUGACAGAAAUGAUUUAAUUGUGGAUACGGAUGCUAGAACAAACUACGUGCUCCGAUUGACGGAUCGUUUCGAAAAAUCGAGAACUCAACACUGUCGAGCAACAAUAUUUGGCCCAACUCAAGAG